GAGAGAGAGAGAGAGAGCAACAGAGCGUGCAGCUCGGCCGCCCACACCAGGGGUUCCUCUAUAAAGCCCCACAGUCAACCCCAGGGUAGCUGUUUACCUCUCCUCCUCCACCACGUCAGCUCCUGGGAGACCUCUGGUUCGGCAGCACCAUGACCCAGCUCUUCCUACCGCUCUGUGUGGCUUGCCUUGCGCUGGUCUUCACCAGCGCCGCACCACCACCAACUACACAAACAGCAGAAGUUGCCAUACCUGACAGGUGCGAUGGCAUUGAGUUUGACGCCAUCACACCGGACGAGCAAGGAAAACAGCUGUUCUUCAAAGAUGGCUUCCUGUGGAAGGGCUUCCGUGGUCCAGCUCAGCGAGUCGCCGAGUCCUUCAGUGGCAUCGGUCACGUGGACGCCGCGUUCCGCAUGCACCGGGAGGACCGCACUGAGGACCACGAUCACGUGUACCUAUUCCAGGACGAAAUGGUGUUUAGAUAUUUCAACCAAACUCUCCAAGACGGCUUUCCCAAAAAGGUGGAACAGGAGUUCCCCGGGGUGCCGUGUCACCUGGACGCCGCGGUGGAGUGUCCGAAGGGGGAGUGUUCCGCCGACUCCGUCCUCUUCUUCAAAGGAAGUGAGGUGCACCACUACGACGUCGCCACUCAGACAGUGAAGAAGAAGGAGUGGCCCGAGGUGCCGCCGUGCACCUCGGUCCUCCGCUGGAUGGAGCACUACUACUGUUUCCAGGGCAACAACUUCACCCGGUUCCACCCGGUGACGGGCUUGGUGGUGGGGGCGUACCCCAAAGACGCCCGCGCGUACUUCAUGACCUGCCCCAACUUUGGUCAUGGAAGUGGUGACCACAAGUUACCCUUGUGCUCGGAGGUCAAACUGGACGCCAUCACGUCGGAUGACGCGGGCAAAACCUACUUCUUCACAGGCCCCAGCUACAUGCGUCUGGACACCAGCCGCGAUGGCAAGCACGCGUUCCCCGUGACCCGCAUGUGGCCCGAGGUGGCAGGCGGCGUCGACGCCGUCUUCUCCUACCAAGACAAGAUGUACUUCAUCAAGGGGGACCAGGUGUUCAUCUACCUGUCGGGGGCCCACUACUCCCUCAUCGAGGGGUACCCCAAGACCCUGCAGGAGGAGCUGGGGGUCCAGGGGCCCGUGGACGCUGCCUUCGCCUGCCCCGGGGACCACACCGCCCACAUCAUCCAGGGCGACCAGAUGAAGGACGUUGACCUCUCCGCGACCCCCAGGACCGUUACCAAGGCGACGACCCUGCGCCACGCCAAGGUGGACUCGGCCCUCUGCGGGCCGGACGGCCUGAAGCUGUUUGUGGGCAGCUCGUACUACGAGUACACCGCCACCAGUGAACUGGGUGCAGGCCAGGUCGAGAGGAUGCCGUCCCCCAUCACUCCCUCCAUGAUGGCCUGCCGCCGCGAUUAGGAAACACUGAGGACGGCCUCCUAACCCGGAGGCCUCAUGGAGCCGGACGCAGCUCCCUCCUCCUCCUCCUUUCCACGCUCCCUCAGACGCCGCUCUUCUUCCCUCCAACUCCUCUCCUCCCUCUCUCUCCUCCUCCCCUCCC